AUGAACUUCACCAUCCUUCCGAUUGACUAUGAUGCCGAUAUUUUACGCAUAGCAACGAUCGAGUUGGCAUGCUAUGCCGAUUCAGACCAGGAGCUCGAAAAGAUCUUGUUCCCGUACACUAAUACCAAUCCUUCAGCGGAGAAAGCUCUUGCGGGCUCAGUAUCACGGCUGAUCCACGACAGGGAUGACCCCGCCCUCAGCUUUGUUAAACUGGUCGAUCCCAUAGCAUCUGAGAUCAUCGCAUAUGCACGGUGGCAAUUUUACACAACCGACGCUUGUAAUCCAGACGCGGUGAAGGAUUACUUCGGGAGAAUUGUCCAGGCGAAGGAGGGGCUGUAUGGAAGGGCAGAACAUGCACACUUGGCCGGGAUAUGUUGCCAUCCGGCACAUCAGCAUCGUGGGGCUGCUAGUGCGCUCAUGGAGUGGGGAUGUAAAAGAGCAGAUGCGCUCGGUUUGGUGACGUACCUGGAGGCUGCGUCAACUGGGCUCUCGCUGUAUCGCAAAUUUGGAUUUGAGCCUAUCCAAGAAAUUGAUUUUGAUCUGUCUAGGCACGACACAGAAAUUGGUAUUCGUACUACUGUGAUAAUGAAGAGGCUGCCUGUUGGGCAUGUGGACGUGUGA